UGUAUGGUUUUAUAUAAACUCAGAGAGUCAAGACUGAUAAAGUUUCAUUUGUCUAUUCUAUAGUUACAUUAUUGUGAAGAAAAAGAUCGAUGCAUUUAGAUCUAUAUAUCUAGUUAAUCUAGAUAUAGAUCUAUCUAUACUAGAGUCUAGAUCUAUAUACAUCAGUAGACCAAACAAUUAACCACUUCGACUUUGAAAAACAAAAAGUCAUUAAAUAAUCUAGAUUUAGAUCUAGAUAUAGAGUUAGUAGAGUAGAUCUAAUAUCAUGAUCUAGGCCUGUUAUUAGUGUUAUUAAAGAACACCCUACUAUUUACUAAAUAAUAAGACCAUUUAGUCUUUUAGAUCUAGACUAGAUUUUAGAAAAAAAAUUAUAUCUCAAGUCUAAAGGAUUCAGCUGCAAUUAAAAAGUUAUGGAUUUUGUAAAGGUAUCAUCUUCCAAAACAAAACAUGUUUCUCUUGAUGAAGAAUUACGCUUCUUCAACCAAGGGGAUGUAAGAGAUUGCAUAGACCAGCCUAUUCCAGCACAUAAUUACUUUACAUACAAACUGGAUCAACCUGUUCACAUGAAAAUGAAUGAAUCAAUACCUCUGUCUAUUAUACCAUCAUUUUUUAUAGAAGCUGUGUCAAAAUAUGCAGACAGAGCUGCAUUAGUUUAUGAGAAUUCAACUUGUCCAGUUGUGAUCACUUAUAAAGGAUAUUAUACAGCUGUUUUGAAUGCGGCUAGUAGCUUCAUAGCUAUGGGAUUAGAGCAGAAUGGAGUCGUGGCCAUGGCUUGCUACAACUCAGCAUGUCAUUUUAUAUCUACACUUGGAGCUAUAUUUGCUGGUGGGAUCAUCACUGACCUUUACAGCUUUAGAAAACUGUCAUCUUUAUUCAGUCUGCUGGAGGACUCCAAGGCUUCUUUUGUGGUCGUUGACUCCACCCGGAAAAUUUCACAGGCAGUGUAGUUAAAAAAAACAAUUGGAGAUAUAUAUAUAAAUGUGCACAAUAUUUGAAGUGACGUAAUCAAAAUGCUAUUUUUAGAUUUGUUAAACCUACUACAGUCCAACUAACAAAGUGUCAGAUUUGAGAGGGCGAUUUCACAUUACAAGGUGUUCAAUAUUUAAAACUAACAAAUAAUUCAAGUUUUUUUAUCAGUGUUGUACUAUUCAUAAAGAGUUCCUUAUUUUUGCAAACAUUAUAGUUAUAUGUUGACCUCAAGACUCUACAUAAAAUAGUAAUAAAUUGGUACAAUUUUCAUUUGAAAUAGUGGCUAUUUAUGAGUUUGGUAUACAAUUAUGAUAAGAGUAUGUGGUUAUAUCAUAGGAAAAGGAUAUGUGGUCAUAUGAUUAAUACUUUUCAUGUUUGUGUUACAACAUAGAUAUAGUGUGCUGUUUUCUAACUAGCUCUUUGUUAGUUGUAGUGUUGUUCUAGCCUUGUAUUAGGUUUGGCUGAGUGUUAUCUUAAUUCUUAUUACAGGGUUUCACUCGACUUAAUGCUAACCUCAUGAGGGUCAACAUAGUUAAGUGUUAGGAUUUAAUCAAGUUAACAGUAAGAGGGUCAUUAUAAACUCUUCUUUUAGUAUCAUUUUUUUUUAUAUCUGCCAACAACUUGAAAAGUUAAAUUUUUUUACUUUCUUUUCUUACUAUUCUAAAUGAAAUAUACUUUCAUUCCAAACUUGAAAUGUUAAU